AUGUAUAAAGCAGGAACUAUUGAUGCUGGAGCUUUGGAGGAAACUCUACAGGCUAUUUCUCCUUCUGUUACGGAAGAGAUGAAUACUUCUCUUUGUUCUCAAUAUACUUGUGAGGAGGUGAAGGAGGCUUUGUUUCAAAUGUAUCCUACAAAGUCUCCUGGACCGGAUGGAAUGCCGCCUUUAUUUUUCCAACAUUAUUGGGAGAGUAUAAGGGAUGAUAUUACUGAUUUGAGACCAAUUGCAUUGUGUAAUGUAAUCUACAAGUUGUGUUCGAAAGUUAUUGCCAACAGGUUGAAAUUAAUCUUGCCUCAGAUUAUAUCGCCUUUCCAUAGUGCCUUCAUUCCAGGUAGACUGAUAACUGACAAUACCUGGGCAGCUAAUGAGUUAGCUCAUUUUAUUCAUAACAAAAGAGCAGGUGAGGAAUAUAUGGCCUUGAAAUUGGAUUUGAGUAAAGCCUAUGAUAGAUUGGAAUGGGGGUUUUUACAGAAAGUAAUGGAGCGUAUGGGUUUUGCUCAUAGUUGGGUGAAGAUGAUUAUGCAGUGUGUUUCUUCUGUUCGUUAUUCAUUUCUGGUUCGAGGCAAGCCCCGGGGUUAUGUGGUGCCUUCUCGAGGAUUGCGGCAAGGGGAUCCUUUAUCACCGUAUUUGUUUCUCCUUGGAGCAGAGGGUCUUUCUGCUUUGCUAACAAAGAAGGCUGAUUUAGGUGUGUUACCUGGCAUUUCUAUUUGUGAUGGAGCUCCCAUGGUUAACCAUCUUCUCUUUGCAGAUGAUAGUAUGUUGUAUGCGAAUGCUAACUUACAGGCUUGUCAGGAAAUUAGUAAUGUAUUGACGGUGUAUGGGAAAGCAUCUGGGCAGCAAGUAAAUUUUCGUAAGAGCUCUGUUACGUUUAGUAAAAAUGUGGACCGUGAAACUCAGAAUUGGCUAGCCAGUUUUCUGGGUGUUACUGUAGUAGAGUCUCAUGAGAAGUACCUUGGUUUGCCUACAUAUGUUGGAAGGAAUAAAACUAGUACUUUUCAAUAUAUUCAAGAGCGUUUGGAUCAGAAACUUCAAGCUUGGCAGGGUCGGCUUCUUAGUGGUGCUGGCAAAGAUAUUUUGAUCAGGCGGAGUAUUUCUGAGGCUAGAAGCGUUUUAGUCCAAGGGGCACGUUGGCAAGUGGGAGAUGGGAAUGAUAUAUGGAUUGGUGAUCCAUGGAUACCUAGAGAUGCUCCAUUUCGGUUAUUACCUGUUCAGAGAGGUCGGGAUGCUGCUUGGAAGGUUCGUAACUUGUUGAAUAAUGAUGGCAGCUGGAAUGAAACUUUAGUACAACAGGUUUGUCAUGUUGAUGAUAUCCCCUUCAUUUUGUCUAUUCCUCUGAGUAGCCGAAGGGUCAAGGAUCGUUGGGUGUGGCAUUUUGAUUCUAAUGGGCGGUUUUCAGUUAAGAGUGCUUAUAAACUCUUAAUGGAGGAAGAGAUGGUGCAAGAGGUUUCCUUGCAAACACAAGAUCUAUGGACGAAGCUAUGGUCAACCAAUGUUCCAGGUACAGCUAAAAUUUUUCUAUGGAAGGUGUUGAACAAUUGUUUACCUACUAUAGUUAGAUUGUUAGAGAAACGGGUUCCUUUGGAGAUUCGGCCUUGUGUUCUUUGUGGAGUGGGGGAUGAGACAAUUGAACAUCUUUGUAGGCUAUGUCCGUUUGUGAAGGGAGUGUUGGAGGCCGUGCCUGGGAUAGAACACAUUGCCUAUUCUUCUAGUGCUAGGCAGUUGCAGUUUAUGGAGUGGUUUUGGAGUUGUGCGUCUAACUUGCCCCCUAAUUUAUGGACAACUUUUGUUUAUAAUUUGUGGGGUAUUUGGACGGAUAGAAAUAAUAGGGUGUGGGAUAAGAAGAACAUGGAUGUGAACCAAGUGGUUUUGCUUUUGUCGGCUCGUCUCCAGGAGUACCAGAGACACCAUGGUAAGGGCCAGGGUGGAGGAAGUCGGCGCGUAGUUCCAUGGAAACCUCCAAGUGCAGGGUGGGUGAAGAUUAAUGGUGCAUUCUACAAAGAAACAUGUACUGGGGGGAUUGGAGUCAUUAUUCGUGAUGAUAUGGGGAGAUGUUUAGGUGGUUAUUAUGCCUCAGUAUCUCAUGUUUCCUCUUCAGAACAGGUAGAAGCAUUGGCAGGGAGGGAGGCAGUCUCACUUGCUAUUCAGCGUGGCCUCUCUCCAGUUAUUUUUGAGACCGAUUCUCUUACUCUUUUUCAUGCUACUAAGCAGAGAGUCAUUCCCCAUACUUCCUUCAUUGGUCGUGUGUAUGAUGACAUUACCUUUCAUCUGCAGCAGAUGCCGGGUUCUUAUUUUACUCAUGCUUAUCGUCAAGCCAAUGUUGUGGCUCACACUUUAGCUCGUUUUGCUUGUUCUUCUUCUAGUUCUUUAUUUUGGGGCCUAGAGCCUCCAGCUUGUAUUGUUGAUGUACUAUCCAAGGAGUUUACCUCCUAA